CAGACCUCAGGUGAUGUGACCCCUGUUCUCAUGAAUCCUCUCUUGCAGUCACACUCCAUUUCUCUGUCAGAAGGAAUAUGCCGUACCAUAACAGACAUGAAUGCAGAUCACGUGACAGUCACACAGGAAACUUUAGUGGAGCAGCUAGUGAAAAAUUAUCCAGGCAUUGCAGUUCCCUCCCAUAAUAUCUUAUAUAAUAUCCUUGGCACUCUAAUUAAAGAAAGGAAAAUCUAUCACACGGGAGAAGGAUACUUCAUUGUGACUCCCAACACGUACUUUAUCACAAGUGAUGCCUCAGAAGACAACAGAAGGGUCCUGUUGCAGGACAGUUGCUGCUGUUCAUCACCUUCCAUCACUUACCUUGUAAACAUUGAGCGCUGUGCAAACUUAGCAAAAGAAAACAUUCCUACGGUAUCCCAUUACAGAUCCUGCCAUUGUUUCCCUGACCAGAAUAUACUCUGUGAACAAAGACAUCCGCAGCUAAUGCACCAUGAACCUAAUGCAGGAGGUAAGAAAGGCUGCAGUGAAUUGAAGCCUUCAAUUCAAUCUCAAGGGAUCUCCACAACUGCUGAAAACCAUUCCUGGGACACCAUCAAAUCCUUGACGUUUGUGAAAGAGAAACUGAAAUGCAAGAGGUUUGGCCUUGGCCUUUUCUGGAGAAGUGCUUCUAAAAAAGAAAAAUGUAAGAAGGAGUACUCCACUUUUUCAGCCCAGUUUCCUCCCAAGGAGUGGCCAGUCAGGGAUGAGGAUGACUUAGAUAAUAUUCCACGUGAUAUUGAACAUGAAAUCAUCAAGCGUAUUAACCCUACUCUCACAGUUGAUAAUUUGAUUAAGCACACAAUAUUAAUGCAGAAGUUUGAGGAGCAGAAAAAAUAUACUAUUAAGGGUACCUCUGCUGAAGUGUCAACAGUCAGGCAAAACCAUCUUUCAAAGGAUUGUGUUCAAAAGAUACAAAGUAGAACAGCAAAACACACCAGGAAAACCAAAUCAAACAAAGAGAGGAAGAUUAGCAGAAGCAACAGGAAAUCUCAUGUACAUCAGCUAACAUCCCAAAACGAGAAACUGGAAGAGAACCUUUCAUUGCCUAUCAGAAACCAACAGCCGUCUGAUGUAGCAGUGGAAUCUCACGUCAUCUAUAAAAAACAAAUUAAGAACCCUUUUCAGGGUCUGCCAUGGAGACGCAGCUUAUAUGUGAAAGGAUACAAAGGUGCUGUUAGCAGUCAGCUGAAGUCCAGGACUCGAAAGCAAGAAAGGGCUUUACAAAUGCCAUGGUCCUUGGACUCCUCAAAAACCUUCGACUAUGAAACUGAACUGCUGGCUACUGAAAUGCAGGCUGACAAAGCUAAGCAGAACAAACUACUCCAUGCUAAUAGGUCUUCUUUCCAACUAAAGAAACGUAGUUUAAGUGAAAACUUCAGUUAUCCACAUGGCAGUACUUUGCAAACAGACAAUAAAUGCAAAUACCAUCUGGAGAGUAAUAUUUCUGAAGAAAGCAUCUACAGAAGAACAGUCAAAAUAAAUCCUGGAGAUAUUAAAAAAGCCCCUCACUCGUGCACUGGAGAUAAUGGUGUGUGCGAAGAAAAUGCAAAAUUUUCAUUAGAUCUGAAAGAUGAGUAUUGCAGGUGCAGAGCUGACACUGUAUGUGAGUUAUCAGAUCAAACAGCAAAUGAAUUUCAAAAUGUCCGUCUUUCAAAUUACACAGCCAAUGUUAACCUGGCAAAAAGAUUUGGUGUGAAAUACAGACAAAAGACUGAUCAAAAGAGUGAACAUAUAUUUAAAUAUGACUGUGCCAGCCAUCCUGGAUCAAUGAAGCUGGAAAGUGAAGGAUUUACUGAGAACUGCCAUCUUCUGUACCAAAAAGCACAUGAUGGUGACACCUGUAGCUCAUUACAUCUGGAUGACAGUUUUGAAGGCAGUGAACCACCACACCUGCCUCCUGGCCACACUUUUUCAGAUUCAAGAGACUGGAGUAAAGGUGUGCAAAAGCUGGGGACAACUAUGGCCCUAAAAAUCUGUAAGGUUAAUACUUAUCCCACCCAGUACGACACAACUAUAAAUAAAUGUAACCCUGGGGAGCAUGGAUAUAAGGAAAGUGAUAGUUCUGCAGAAACAACAGAUGGCUCAAAAGAGCAUCCAAAACCAGAUUUUACAGAAGAAAGUCGUUUGUGCAGUCAGGUUCUCCCGAUAGUGCACAGAAAGGAAGAAGAAACUGGCCUUACUGAAUGCACAAAGGCUUCAGCUGUAGCAGAUUUCUGCCACACUAAUGAGGCUGACUCAGAUGCUGACACUUUGCAGAACUCCACCUAUGAGACAGUGGCACGCUGUGCUUUGGGCUCACAAACCAAAGAAAGAAGAAACCCUCUGGGAAAAAAAGAUUUGUCUUUUAAGGAUGCAUGUACUGUGUUAUCAGGACAAAAACACUCAGAAGGGACAGAAAACCACAGCAUUACAGGAGACAGUGGAAUUGACUCCCCAAGAUGGACUGAAAAGAAGAUGGAGCUUCCUGCCAAAUUCUGA